GGUGCUUGAGUUUGACGCCUGGCGAUUGCGUCGCGUUCACAAUUUCAAGCUCUCCUCGUCCAAGGAAGCAAGAUUAUGGCGGCCGACCAGAAGCUCCUGCAUGGAGAAAGCAACCCUUCCAGCACGGACUACGUGACCAGUGACACGCCCAACAUGGCAGCAUUGCCCGUGAUUAACGACACGGACGAGAACACGAUCCGGGUGUUUGGAUGGAUGCACAAGCAAGGCACGCGGGUCAUUCGAGGACCUGGCGCCAAGAGUUGGCGCCGCCGUUUCUUCUGCUUGGAAGGUCAAAAGAUCUACUACUUCCACGAACCUGUGGACGCGCGCAAGUACUUCAACUCGCGCAGUCCCGAGCUGUGCAUCGGGUCGAUCGAUCUCCGCACGGCGUUCAAGCUGGAACAAAGCGACCGCUUGGAUCUUCCGUCCAAGGGGCUUGUGAUCCACACAAAGAUCCGCAAAUGGCUCGUAUGCCCCGAGACCGACGCCGAGUUCAAGAUGUGGUUCGACGCCCUCGAGACGACGAUCAUGACCAACGACGCAGGCAACGUGAUCCAGCGCCACUUGCCCAACGUCCGCGAAUACGUCAUGAAGGGGCGCACGAGUUACCGCGUCUUCUACUUUUUGUUUCUCAUCACGGCCCUCAUCGAACUGGCCGGCAUUGUCCUAUGGUUCCCCCUUGGCAUUGAGCCGUGCAAUUUGAAACUGCGCACGGCCAACUGCUCGGACAUCAUGAAGAAAUACAUCCCAGAAGAGCAACCCAUCUGCGGCCCCGAGCCCUUUAACGGCCUGUGGAACCCGCCCGACUUUUACAAAAAGCAGGCCGGCAUGGUGGGCGUGCAAUGCUUCCGCGUACCCACGUUGGCACAUUGGGUGUCGUACUUUUGCUUUUACUUUGCCGAGUUCAUUUCCAUCUUGCUUGGCGCGCUCUACUAUCUCGGCAUGUGGAAGCCCGUGCGUCGAGGCGCCCACUACCUGCGCGAGUUCAACCCUCCGUUCCCCCCAGACAAGUGGCCCACCGUGGACAUCAUGUUGUGCCACUACGCCGAGCCGGCCGAGGACACGAUGUCGACGCUGGAAGCGAUCAUGAAGCUCGACUACCCCUGCGAGAAACUCCACGUGUACAUUUGCGACGACGGUGGGUUCAAAACUAAGUUUACCCCUGGCAACCCCAUCCCCGAAGUCGUGGUGAACAAGGGUGUGAUUGAAAACGCUGGCGACGUCCGGUAUGAACUGGCGCACUUUAUGUACGAGCGUGUGCUCGACUUGGACGGAGAAGGACAAGGGAUUGGCUACACGCGCGCCGUGGAAAUGGAAGUGAAUGAGUGGCGCCAGUCGCACACAACGGUCAAGAUGCCCACGCCCACCAACCCCCGCGUGGCCGCGCGCAUCGAUUGCGCGGUCGGGUCGGAACGGGACGAUUACGAUUACCGGUAUGCUGGCUUGCCACGUGUCACGUACGUCGGUCGAUUCAAACCGCCCACGCAUCAUUCCAAGGCGGGGAACAUCAACAACGUGCUGUACAACGAAGGGGCGUGCGGCCGAUAUGCGAUCAUCCUCGACAACGACAUGAAGCCGCACCCGAUGUUCAUCCAAGCAACGCUGCCCUUCUUCUUCGACUCGCCCGCGUCUACGAAAACAUUCCGAUGCCGGGCGCCAGGCUGCUCAGACAUUGCCAAGAUCACAUGCACGCUGUGUGUGCAGGCCGGCGUGCCCGAGGCGACCAUCUCGUACUGCUCCAACGACUGCUUCGUUGCGUCCAACCACGUGCACUCGCAGGUGCACCGUCGGCAGGCGCGCACGUCCAAAGUGAACCGCACGACCUGUACGACCUGUGGCGGCAAAGUGGACUUAAAGUCUGGCACGUGCUCUGGAUGCAAGAAAGCGAUGGGGCGGCGCACGUCUGUGGGAACCCAAGAAGCGGCGCAGUACGCCCUCGCCAUGGGCGAUCACUACAACGACGACGUUCAAAAUAACCAAGUGGGCUACGUACAAACGCCUCAGUACUUUGAAGACUGCCUGCAGUUGCGCCUGGGCGACCCGUGUGGGCAUCGCAACUCGACGUUUUUUGAUUCGGCGCAGACGGGCAUGGACGGGUACGAGUGCGCGUCGUUUGCUGGCACGAACGCCAUCUUUCGGCGGUCCGCGCUGGACUCUGUGUGCGGCAUCGCGUACGGAUCGUUGACGGAGGAUGCAUUCACGGGCAAACUCAUGAUCGACAAGGGAUGGAAGGGGCUGUACUUCCGCAAGGAUUUUGAGGGCGAAGAAGGCGAGCGCAUCCGACUCGCAGAAGGCGCCGUGCCCGAGACCGUGUCGGCCAGUCUGGCGCAGCGCAAGCGAUGGGCUAAAGGCAACUUUCAGAUCUUCUUGCGGCGGAAAACGUCGCUUGUGGACCCGACGUGGACACCGCCGGCCGACAUUGAACUGCCGCCACCACGCAAAGUGAAUGGGUUUAUGCGCUGGGUGUUCUUCAUGAACUUGACCAUCUACCCCAUCGGGUCGUUCCCGGCGCUAUUUUUCUUUUACAUCACGGGCUACUUUUUGUUCUCCGGCAACGCGCCCAUCUACACGGCUGGCUUGCGGUACGACUCGACGUUGCGUUUUGCAUGACGAUUCUAUCUAUUUGUCGUCAGAUGCCAAAAGAGGGGAAUAGUAUUCACAACGGACACUUUGGAUGCAAUUUUGUACUCUGUUUCCCCAAACCUACGAUUUGUUAUACUGAAUGUUGUAUGUAUUCACACUAUUUGAAGGCACACACUCGACUUCAUAGUAUUUUGCCUCGUAUUUGUGGCCCAUAGUGUUGGUUAUAUUUGGUGUGUUGUUUGGAAAACGCAUGAGAACGUUUUUUACGUUUUUUACUCCCAUGUAGACUUGUUCGGAACACAUGGGAACGUUUUUUACGUUUUUUUAUUCGCUGUAGGCUAUUGGUGGCGCUCGUGCCCAAGAUUGUGGUGCAAUCGGUGUUGACGGCCAUGAUGAACCGCACGGUGGACAACAAUGACGUGUUACGCAGCCAGCAAACGUGGUUUUCGUAUGCGUACGUGCACGUGUUGGCGGUCAUUGACGCCAUUUACUGGAAGAUCACGGACAAGGAGGCGGCGUGGGCCAACACGGGGGCCCUGGGCGGCAACUCGACGAUGGAACUGCCCAAUAUCCUCGUGUUUUUUGCCAUGGUAUUUGGCGUCAUUUGGAGCAUCGUGCGCUUCUUUGUGGGGUACAACAGCGCCGAAACCACCCACGGGACGCCGCUGCUGUUUGGGUCCAUGUUCCUCGGGCUGUUCACGGCGAGCCAGCUCAUGCCCAUGGUCCGCAUGAGUCUGCAGACGUACUUUGGGUGGAGCCACAAGGCACUGACAGACCAGGGCAACGUCGUCGGCAGCUUCUCGCUCGCGAUUGUGCUCAGCGUGCUCUGUCUGUGGGUGUACAUUGAAAACCCCCACGACAACGUGUGGGUCUAAAUACUCUAUCAUCAGCGAGUUUUGCAUCUAUAUCUUGUCCAGCAUGGAAUAGACUGCUGUAGUACUACUAUUAAUAGUACUAAUAGUUCGUAGUACUCCUUCAACACAUUGAUAAUAGUCCUUAAGUAGUUACUCGUAGAACCUCGGCGUACACUCUAAAC